AUGGAUGAACACUUGAUUGCUACUAUUAACAAGCUGCAGGAUGCGCUGGCUCCACUUGGGGGUGGUUCUCAGUCUCCGAUUGACUUGCCGCAGAUUACCGUCGUUGGGUCGCAGUCCUCUGGUAAGUCCUCUGUCCUGGAGAACAUUGUCGGUAGGGACUUCUUGCCCAGAGGUACUGGUAUCGUGACCAGAAGGCCGCUGGUGCUGCAAUUGAUCAACAGGAGGUCUAAGAAGAGCGACAAGGAGGUGCAGAAGGCCUCUGACCAGCUGCUCGAUCUGAAUAUGGACGACCACAGCAAGAAGGAAGACCCUGCAGGUAAGAAAGGCCAGUCUGAGGAUAACGCCGAGGAGUGGGGUGAGUUCCUGCACUUACCAGACAAGAAGUUCUAUAACUUCGACGAGAUUAGAAACGAGAUCGUCAGGGAGACCGAUAAGCUGACCGGUACCAACUUGGGUAUCUCCCCUAUCCCAAUCAACCUGAGAAUUUACUCGCCACAUGUGUUGACAUUGACGUUGGUUGACUUGCCAGGUCUGACCAAGGUCCCAGUGGGUGACCAGCCUCCUGACAUCGAAAAGCAGAUCAAGGAUAUGUUGCUGAAAUAUAUCUCCAAGCCCAACGCCAUCAUCUUAUCCGUCAAUGCUGCAAACACUGAUUUGGCUAACAGUGACGGUUUGAAAUUGGCUAGAGAGGUUGAUCCAGAAGGUACGAGAACCAUUGGUGUUUUGACCAAAGUUGAUCUGAUGGAUAAAGGUACAGAUGUGAUCGAUAUUUUGGCCGGUAGAGUUAUCCCACUGAGAUAUGGUUACAUCCCAGUCAUUAACAGAGGUCAGAAGGACAUCGAACACAAGAAAACCAUCAGAGCAGCACUACAGGACGAGAAGAAAUUCUUCGAGGAACAUCCUUCCUACAGCUCUAAGGCACAUUACUGUGGUACUCCAUACUUGGCCAAGAAGCUAAACUCUAUUCUUUUGCACCACAUUAGACAAACAUUGCCUGAUAUCAAAAACAAGAUUGAGAGCACUUUGAAGAAAUACGUUAACGAAUUAGAGAGUCUAGGUCCAGAGACCAUGGACUCUGCAAGUUCUAUCGUUUUGAGUAUGAUCACUGAUUUCUCCAACGAGUACACUGGUAUACUAGAUGGUGAAGCCAAGGAGUUGACCAGUCAGGAACUAUCUGGUGGUGCCAGAAUCUCAUUUGUAUUCCAUGAGAUAUUCAAGAAUGGUGUGGACUCUUUGGACCCAUUUGACCAAAUCAAGGACUCAGACAUCAGAACCAUCAUGUACAAUAGUUCAGGUUCUGCCCCAUCACUGUUCGUUGGUACUGAGGCCUUUGAAGUGUUAGUGAAACAACAGAUCAGAAGAUUCGAAGAGCCAUCACUACGUCUAGUGACUUUGGUGUUUGACGAAUUGGUGCGUAUGUUGAAGCAGAUCAUCUCUCAACCUAAAUAUGCCAGAUACCCAGCCCUAAGAGAGGCCAUCUCCACACAAUUCAUCGAUUACUUGAAGGAGGCCAUCGUGCCAACCAAUGAGUUUGUGCAAGACAUCAUCAAGUCUGAGCAAACGUAUAUCAACACUGCCCACCCAGACUUGCUAAAGGGUUCUCAAGCCAUGUCGAUGGUCGAGGAGAAGUUGCACCCACGCCCAACUGCCGUUGACCCCAAGACCGGCAAACCGUUGCCAAACCAACCUCCAGCCAAGCCAAUGCCUGCUGUAGAAGAGAAGUCUGGCUUUUUCGGCGGGUUCUUCUCCACCAAGAACAAGAAGAAGCUUGCUGCGCUGGAGUCACCACCUCCAGUGUUGAAAGCCACUGGCCAAAUGACCGAGAGGGAGACCAUGGAGACUGAAGUGAUCAAGCUACUGAUAAACAGUUACUUCAACAUCGUCAAGAGAACCAUCGCGGACUUGGUCCCUAAGGCACUAAUGCUGAAGCUGAUCGUCAAGAGUAAGAACGACAUGCAGAAGGUGCUGCUGCAGAAGCUAUACGGCAACCAGGACAUCGACGAGCUGACAAAGGAGAACGACAUCACCAUCCAGAGAAGAAAGGAGUGCCAGAGAAUGAUCGAAAUCCUGAAAAACGCAAGCCAAAUCGUCACCUCCGUCUGA